UCAGCUGUCCGAAAUGUCAUCACAGUAAGCUUGAAACUAAAACAAAUUUCCGCCAGAAAUACUAAAAGAUUUUCUAGUUAAUUCAUCAAAUAACGUCGCAAUGGAAACAUUCCUUCGCGGAAGCUGUGAUGCGAUGUGUCCAAAAUCGGAGAUUGACCUCCGCACCAAAGAGAAACUGCUUCACUUCUACGAGCUUCGACCGGACAGCAAAACCGAACCAGAUCCGUUUCGGAUGGUAAAGGAAUUUUCCCGAUCAGCUGCUGGUGUGAAGCAACCGAAGCACUGGGAAAUUCGAACGGCUAAAGCGCUUAAGAAAACCGUGACAUACCUUUUAACAAAAAUUUUUCAGGACGAACGCCGACCGUACAGUUUUAAAUACGACUUCAUUUUCGACCGCCUACGAGCCGUUCGUCAGGAAGUAGUCAUGCAGAAUCUUAGUGCAGACAAUACUUUGCACACACUGGCAGCAACCACUCGUUUCCUAGCUUACAGUGCCUAUCAUCUGUGUGAAGCUCCUGUAAAUGAGUUCGAUCCAAAAAUCUGUCAGUCUCAUUUGCAGGAAUGUGUGAAAAAAGUACUUCGCUGUUACGACGACUUAGAUGAACAAUCCAGCGUCUACGACGAUCGGGGACGCAUUGAAAUGGAAGGAUUGUAUUUGAUGCUUAAUUUAGGAAACACGGAGUCUAUUAAUAGAGGAAUAACUUUACGAAUAGAUCUGAAAAAACAUCUAAUCCAUCAACUGUCCAUGAACAUUGAAUACCUCCGAGGAAACUUCUACAGAGUUCUUAUAGGCGUCAGGAAACUGCCCCCAUUGGAGGCAGCAAUUGUUGCAGUAAAACUCCCGGAGAUACGCCGCCAGUUACUCCUUCGUUUCUCGAUAGCCUUUAACAGCAAAGUGCUGACCGUUCCACUCGAAUGGAUCGGUCACGUUUUGCAGUAUCAGGAAAAUGAAGCAGUGGCACUGAUCGAUGACUGUAAAUACUACGGUCUCCAGAUUGUUGAUCAGCCAAAGGCUCCUAGUAGUCAAUCAUGCGUGGUCGAAACUAAAGACGACUGGUGGGACAGUGAAGGCGAGCUUUGUGUUGCCACUGAGAAGCAAAACAAUCUUGAGCAGAAGUCGGUGAAAUUUGAGAGGUCCAGCUUCGACGGCGACAAAUUGGCGACUCGACCGAAACGAGUGGAGUUUGUAGAUCAAACGUUGGGUGAAAUUGUGACGAUCUCCGGUACAAUACUGCGGAAGCUGGACAAACAGUGAUGAAAGUGACCGGUGCGUGUCUAGAGUAAACUCAAUCAAAAUCUUUUGUGAUGUCGUUUCCUGUGUGGAAUGGAACUCGUAGAUCUCGUACAAACCUAAAUAAAAUGAUAAGAUGGAUGAGUGA